AUGGUGGCCACUGGCAUGAUCAAGGACGCCAAGGCACCUCUCAACUCGACUGGUCCAAGUGUGUGUCGCGGUUGCCAGCAAGGAAAGAUGGUCCAAAAAUCAUUCCCAACCAACCGUGACAAACGCCAAUAUGCUAGCGGUUGCAUGAAGGGCUUCUGUCUGCGGUUCAAGUCUGAGAGUGAAGACUGUAUCAAGAACCACAUCAUCAAGAUUCAGACUCAGUUCGGCACGAAGAUCAAGUUUGUUCGGCACGAUGGAGCGCAUGAGUUUGCGACCAACUCCAUCAAGACCUUCUACGAAGAUCAUGGUAUCGAACAACAGAUCACGGUGCCGUAUGCACACCAGACCAACGGCACCGCAGAACGCGCGAUAAGGUGUUGA